AUGUUUACAAACUUUCAGGCUAAAGCCCUGGACUUGGGAGAUAGGGAGAGAGUCCACCAGACCUUACCAAAGUUGAAAUUACUUGCUCGGUUGGUUUGGAGACAUGAAAUGAGAAGCAAAACAGUAUGUAGGAGUCCCCGCCAUUGGAACAACAAACAGAGAAAUGUCUUCUGUGCAUCUGGUCCUCAACUUCCACAUCCCAGGCAUGCUCACAACCCUCCUGGCAUUGUUAGUUGGCAGGGUAAACCCGAUCUGGCAUUUGUAGCAAAGCUGCAAGAAGGUCUUCCCUUUAAAUAUAUGAACAAAAGGAUAAGAAAUACAGGAUGA